GGCCUUCUUGGUCCAGACCCCUCUCACUUUCUCCUCCUCCUCACCGCCAUCUUGUUGUUGCCGCGUGUUGCUUUUGGAAGGUUCGUCGGACUGAGCAUGAGCAAGAAAUGAUUUAUAAUUACCUGGACAUAUGUGGAUAAAGAUAAAGCAAGAUGAAUCAAGAAAAACUGGCUAAACUUCAGGCUCAGGUCCGAAUAGGUGGAAAGGGUACAGCUCGUAGAAAGAAGAAGGUAGUCCACAGAACAGCAACAGCUGAUGAUAAAAAACUUCAGAGUUCACUUAAAAAAUUGGCAGUAAAUAAUAUUGCUGGCAUUGAAGAGGUCAAUAUGAUAAAAGAUGACGGAACAGUUAUUCAUUUCAACAAUCCAAAAGUCCAGGCAUCACUCUCUGCAAAUACUUUUGCAAUUACUGGUCAUGCUGAAGCCAAACCAAUCACGGAAAUGUUACCUGGCAUUUUAAGCCAAUUGGGUGCUGAUAGUUUAACAAGUCUUCGAAAGUUAGCGGAGCAGUUCCCAAGACAAGUGUUGGAUAGCAAAGUACCAAAAUCAGAAGAUAUUGAUGAGGAAGAUGAUGAUGUUCCUGAUCUUGUAGAAAACUUUGAUGAAGCAUCAAAAAAUGAAGCUAAUUAAUUCAUUAAUAGUUCUGGAAGUUGACAUGGACUAGAUUUAAGAAAUCAACUGUGUGGUUCCAAAGUUUUACAAAAACAGCGAACAUUACCCGUUUAAUAGUUCAAUAAUAUAAAAUAUUUUGUAUUUUAAUUAUGCUGUUUGUUCAGCAUUUCCUGUCAGUUGAUUUUUGCAUUUUGCACUUACUCCAGGAUCUACCUUUUGAGUUAAAAAGACAUUUUCAGUGCAGAUUAAGGUGUGUGCGUAUGUGUGUGAAUGUAUGUAUGUUGCUUAAUGUACAGUUGAGGAAAUUGGAGAGCAGAUCUACUUGAUUUUCCCUUCACCCUUUAAAGUAGAAAUAAAAGAAAAUUUCAAUUUGGCUAAAGUAAACUUCGUUAUUGCAAUCAGAUAUUUCUCGUCAAAUAAUGAAAAAAGUAAUAAAUUGGGGAUGCCGCUUAUUAAUUACCAUUUGGUUUUAAUUUCUGUAUUAAUUAUUAUAUUUACAUAUGUACUUGACCAUACUAAUGGUGUAUUUGUGUAGUUUCUCAUCAGCCUUCUUUUGGUUUUAAUUUCUACCAAAGAUAGGCUAUCGGUAUGCAUGUUUAUUGCAACUUUAAAAAAUAUUACACAUAAGAGCUUCUCUUUUACUGUUAAAAGCUCUUUUCAUCUUAAUAAUAAACUUGGGUUGCAUUUACGUGCUAUCAUAUACUGUACUCCAUGUUCAGUGAGGCACCCUGAUUCUAGGUUGAGCCAAAUAUCAAUGCUGCAUCUCUGAUAUAAUUUUUCUUGUCCUCUAUAAGAUACUUGGUGAUAUACAUAUUUACAUUUACUGAGAUAAAGAUUGGAGGAUACAUUCUACAGCAUCCAUUGCCUUGUGUUUUUUCUUGUGUUUACACUUUCAGCUAGUCCCUCUUCAAGAUGCUGUGCAUGGUUUGAUCUCUAUCUCAGCUAGGCAAUACAUUUCUUAGCCUGGGUGUCUUUUCCAGUAGUAUUAUUUUGCUUUGAUAAGGGGUUAUCACUUUUGCUCAUAUUUUCAAUUAGAAAAUAGUGCAUUGUCAUGUACAGGUAGGUUAUUUUGUUAAGAAACAUAGUGUAUUAUAAUAAUUUUGCCCCUAAGAGCUGGUAAACGUUUUUACAUUUGGACACUAAAAUUGGGAAAUGUAACUUGGAAUACAUAGAAUUCACAAGGAAAGAACUAAAUGUACUGGCAGUAGCAUUUCACAAAGGUAUAAUCCAUCAGUUUUGAAUGUAACCUUCUUUACAUUUAUCCCGCAUUCUAUUGUGGGUUGAUGUUGUUUUGCAGUCACUUCUGUAAACAUGAGCCCUAAUUGUUAGAUAAUAGUGGCAGUAAAUGCUCUGUGAAACUCUUCAAACAAAGGUGCUUAAUAUAAUCUUUGCAGUUGAAGCUCUUGGUUCUUCAAAGAAACUUGAUGUAUUUACAAUGAAACACCAUUGUAAAUCUUGCUGAGGCCAAUCAGGGCUUGAAAAAGCCUUUUUUUCACAGCUUAUUUUGGUAUACUUCUUAGAUAUAUCUGCUUUUUCUGCUGAUAUAUGCACCCAGCAACUAUAUUUUGAGGCAAUACAGCAUUCUAAUAAUAUCAGGUUGACUUCCCAAAACAGAUUUUGUAAUGUCAUCUGAACUGCUCACUUGAUUUUAUAGAUUUUCUUGUUCUAUUUUAUAUAAUACAUGGAUCUUAAUAAAAUAAUUAGAAGGAG